AGCUAUUGGACGCUGAUUAUUUUCAUAUUUUAUGCGCGCUUUAUGAGUUAAAAUGCUUCAUCACAUCUGCUCAUCUGUCACAAAAACCGACUGAAGCACACAAUCCAAAUUCAAACAAUUUGAAAAUCAAAAACUCAUAAACCUACCACAUAGACGACAGAUACUGCUGAAGAAUCAUCAGGAAUCGGUGAAUGGCACAAUGGCCGAUAGUCGUGAACGUAUACGUGGUCCACCACGUGAUGGACGUGAAUUUCUCACAAGCCCGAGACAAGUGUUGCGUCGCCUGAUGUUACUCUCCGAGGGACGACAGUAUAGAGAGGCGGCCGGUGUUGUGGGUCGCUUGGGACCGUCCGUUUUACGCUCAGUUAUAGCCGAGUUGCCCAUCGACUUGCUGCUGGAACACUUGCCACACAGCGCCUAUUUGUUGGAGUCAUUUUUCACAAGAUUAAUUACCGUCAAUCCCUCACCCAAACCGGAUGUGCCAAUCGAAUCUGUGAUCUGGCAAUUGGUGCGUCUCUUUUCAUAUCCACACGAAUCAGGUAUGCGACAACGUUGCGCCAAGCUAACACAGGCCAUAGCACAGUAUGAACCCAACUGGCGUCAAACGCUCCGCGAGCGACGAAAAUCCUUCGACAACGCUGUACAAGGUUUGGGUGUACACGGUCUCACCACAGAUGCCACCGGUCAGCUAAUAUCACUGCAUCAUGCGCUCAAGACGGAGUUGCAACGGCAUGUGGACAUAUACAAAAUGGCCAUACACAAAUUGGAAGAGCUGAGCAUGGUGACGGCACAUCAAGAUCCCGCACAUUCCUCCCAUCAACGCCUACUCGCCAUCAACUACGGUGACAUACAACAAAGACUGAUCGAGAACAAAACGCUGCUCACCAUGCUGGAUAAGCCGGCAUUGAAGCAGCUGGCGUGCCUUGUGGAGAACCUAAGUCAACGUGUGGAGAACGACAAAGAGGUGCUGAAGUGUGUGGGCCAGGUGAAGCGCUUAGAUGGUCAGGCUUGUAUAGAGAAGCGACCGGCGGCGGGUUUGCUAAUGAAUUUCGCGCAAGGUUGCGAAGCCGUUCUACAGCUUAUGGGACCCGAGAGUCUACCAACAAGUCCAACUGCUCUUGGUAAUGGUAGCAACAGCAGUAACUGUAGUGAUGGCUAUCAUUCGGAUGAUUCAACCAACGAAGAAACGAGUGAAAUGGUCACACAAUAUCGCACAUUAUAUCUGGAGAACAGAGCGGACACCUUAGAGGCAUUGGAUGGUUUUCCACAGCUCAAACAUGUACAAAAUUUGAAAGCGAAAAUACUUUUCUCAAUAAUUGUGUUGUCAUUUCGUCUGUGCCAUGCUAUGCGCGAAAGGAAAGUGAUCGAGGUGCGUCGCAUAUUGAAUUGCGCUUUGGACUCGUCAAGUGAGUGUACGCUCGCCUUGGAUCGUUCGGUGCGUACGCAUUUGCAGGAGACGGUUGAGUCCUUUCCCGUUGGUGAAAUUGAACGCUCCGUGUUCAAUCAGGUGCUCUCCACACUGCACGAAUAUCCCUGCUUGGAAGCGUGUCCACCGCUAACGCACUUUGUUAGCGCUUGCGUGCGCUUAGCUUGGCGCAUGAUUAAUCAGAAGUCACCUUACUAUCUGGAUAGUGAUUUCAAUUUGGGUUUCUUGCGUCCGGAGAAGCACGAGCGACAUCCACAAGCAGAUCGUCGCUCCGAUUUGAUCAAAGCAUUCCUCUGGCCAGCGCUAAUGCAGAACAAUCAUUGUGUUUUUAAAGCGAUAGUUGCCACUUAGUAGGCAUCUUGAAAACAUAAUAUUAAAACUUAAUUAACUGUAACUUGCCUAAAAUAGUGCCGGUUUCACUAUAAAUUUAUUUGACCACUUUUUUCUGGUACAACAACAGCGCUCAUAUAAAAUUCGUAUAUAUAAAGUAAUUGCAAGAAAUCGGUUGUAAGUCGCUUCCAAUAUGUACAAAAUAUAUAUAUUUACAUACAAAUAU